AUGAAGACGGAAGAGCCCCUGCUGGACCGAGCUGGGGUGUACAGGGAGCUGCAGCGGCUGCUGGCGCAAGACAGCAGCAGCAGCGUGUUGGGGUUGCUACCAGCGGAAACUCGGGAUGUGUGGGCAGCUCUGGGUGCUGCUGGCGCUGCAGCAGCAGCAAAGCACGCUCGUGCGGGCGAGACAGCCGAAGUGCAGGAGGAGAUGUCGCUGCAGCGGCUGCAGCAGUUGCUGGAGGAAGCAGCAUCAGGCGUACCUGUCAUUCUGGGCGCCGCAGGAGAAAGAGUCCCCCCGAAUUCUGCUGGUUUCCUCCUAAACAAAAUUAUCCCACAGAUACUUGCAGCGAAACCUCCCCUGCAGCAGAAGGAUUUCAUGGGUAGGCCGUCACGCUUCAGCUCGUGCCCACCAGCUGUCUAUAUUGGUAUUUUCCCAGAGGCCUCCACCACAGCAGGAGCUCCUCUUGCCCCUUCUUCUCCUCAUUACUCUUCCCCGGGUGGUUUGGGGGUCUCUUGCGGCUCCUCCUUGAGCGAUACAGUGCGCGCGCACUUCCUGCUGCAGCAGCACCGGCUGCAGCAGCUGCAGCGGAAGAUGCUGACGGGGCUCAAGGGGCAGCAGCAAGCAGACAUGGACGCAGAUGGCGAGCAGCAACAACUGUCCUCAACUCCUUCAGGAGAAAUGGUGGUUGUGGGGCGAGUGGCAGGAGAAGGGGCGCGGAAGCUGCACUGGACAAACGCAAUCCUCGAGUCCCUUGACGGGGAAACGCCUUUGCAGCUGCUCUGUCUCGAGGCUGCAAUGCUGCAGCAGCAACAGCAGCUGCAGCAGUGGGGUAUCUCGCGCCUCCGCAGACACACGCACGCACCAGACGCGCUACUGUAUCCAGGGAUGGUUGUUGCUGCCAAAGGACGCUUUCAACAGGCAAGAAGGAACAUUCCAGUGUUGCUGCUGCUGCUGGCGCUAACGCUGGUGCUCUCCUGGGGGGUCCCUCUGCCGGGGGCGGCGGACAGCUACGGGCAGCAGCUCCUCGUCUCCGCCUUUCAGUGCGGCGUUCCCGUGGGGUCGCCGUCGUUGUCUCGGUCUCUCCGGCAUUGUGUUCAGGCAGUGUCACUAGACCCAACGAACCCUAGUCGACAACUUUCCACUGCUUUGCAGAGCUGCCCUCCUCAGGAGCAACAGCAGCAGCAACAACAGCAACAGCAGCAGCAGCAACAGCUGCAGCAGGUGGCGGACGUAUUGAAUUGCUACAGAAAUCAAAAUGUGCAUAUUCUCAUCUCAAGAGGCUCCUUUGUGGUCCCCUGCACGAAUGGGGGCUGGCGGCUGAGACGCGAGGCCUUGAGGUGCUUGCUAGAGACGAUAAAGGAAAAGGUCCCCCACUUGGCGAUCAUCUGCGGGCCCAUCAUAUCUUCUUUGAAUCUGCAGCAGCCGCUUCCUGUCUCUGUCUGCUCUUCUGUCCCUUCUGCGGCCACCUCCGACUUCCCGAAGUGCGCCUCGCUGCUGCAAAUGCCGGAGCCCAGUCAGGCGUUUGAAGAAUUCUUCCAGUGCUUGUACAGUGCAGCCAGAGGCCUCAAGACGCAGUUUGUAAUCGUCCCCAGCACCCGCGACGCCAUGCAUCCCGAGCCCCUGCCGCAGCCCCCCUACAGUCCCCCGCCCGUGCAGCCGCAGCAGCCGAUGCACCAGCAGCAGCUUCUGCAGCAACCAAUGAACGUGCACUUGGUUGGGAACCCUUGCACCUUGCAAGUCAACGAACUUCAAGUCCUCAUCACCACCGCUGACCCCUUGGCAGAAGUAGCAGGAGAGGUGCUGUCGCUGUCUCGGCCCCAGCCGCUGCAACCCGCAGCAACAGCUGCUGCUGCUGCAGUAGCUGCAACAGCAGCACCGGAUAACGACGAAGGGCUUGUGCAUCAGCUGUGCCGCAGCCUAGUCCGUCAGGGAACUCUAUUCCCUCGAGGCUGCAGCCCCCGAGUGCCCAUAGACGCUUCGCGAAUGCAGCCGGUGAUGUUUAAGGAAGAGACAACGCCCGACGUAUUUAUCUUCGCCUCUUCCGUGCUGCAACAGCUGCAGCUGAACAAACAGGUGGGGCCUUUUGUUGCCCCCGGCGGGGCUGGGGCUUGUCUCGUUGAUGGUCGUGUGUUUGUGUCUCCCUUCUCCAACACGGCGUCCCCUGAGGUGUGUCCUGUGGACAGAGUUUCCAUUACCAACAUGUAUGUAAAACCCCCAGCAGAAGCAGCGGGACAGCCCGGGAGCACUCUCGCAGAAGACCUCUGCCUGAAUCAACGCGUUGCCGUUACAUACACUGUCUAUACACCUCGCAACGCAUUGAAGAAGGGCCCCGCUGGGGCCAUGCCCUAG